AUGGCUCUUGUGACCAGCAAAAGAGCUUCAUCAUCCUCUUUCACCCAAUUCAAGAACUUUGAUGUCUUCUUGAGUUUUAGAGGAGAAGAUACUCGUCUUGGUUUUAUAGGUCAUUUGUAUAAUACUUUGCGUCAACGGGGUAUUAACACCUUCAUUGAUGAUAACCUUAAAAAAGGAGAAGAAAUUUCUAUAGGACUUCUCAAAAUUAUUGAAAACUCAAUGAUUUCGAUAAUCGUAUUCUCUGAGAACUAUGCAUCAUCCACCUGGUGCUUGGAUGAACUUGCAAAGAUUGUUGAGUGUAAAAAGAAUGACCAAUUGGUGCGACCGGUUUUUUAUAACGUAAAUCCAUCAGAGGUUCGUAAUCAAAAAGGAAAGUUUGGAGAAGCAUUGACUAAACAUGAAGAAAAGCUAAAUGAUAACAAAAGGGUGCAGACUUGGAGGGAAUCUUUAUAUGAAGCAGCCAAUAUAUCUGGUUGGCAUUACAAGCAUGAGUAA